UACAUCACUAUUGAUUUUGCCACAGGCACUCUUGCAAGAAAAGGUAAGCGAUCGCUCGAGUUGGGGACAUUGACAAACCUGGGCUGAACCCCUGCCAAAACACGUGAAACAAAAUAUCUGACAUUGGCUGCCUCAAUGUCGAAACACCCGCCCGGGACCUGCACCAUCCGCUCAGAAUACUUUCACUUUUACUAUAUUUUUCAUCCUUCCAAGACUUUAUAUUCACUUUGUCAAGGCCGAAUUUUCUCUCUCUCCUCCACUCAGUACUCACCUGUGUCAUUCCUUUGCCCCUUUUGCUUCUGCAUUUUCAGCCUUCGUUCUCAAUCACUACCGCUGGUCGGGCAUUGUUUGUUAGUCUUGCAAGUCUUUUCUCUGUCAGUCAUAUAUCUAGCCAUAUAUUGCCAUUUGCCCUCGGCAAGAAGCCAAGACACCUCAUCAGCUCCUCAUCCAAAGCUAAACGCAACAAUCCAACAACAACAUGAUUCUCAAGACUAGCGCCCUUGCUCUGCUCGUGGCGGGCUCAGCUUCCGCCGCCGCUCUUAAGCCCGCGGGACAUGGCCACGUCACUGUGAAACAGUACAGCAGCCAAACACGAACAGAAACAGUGAUUCUUCAGGACGAGGCCGACUUUGGACUGUGUCUCCCAACGAUGAAAUUUGUGACGGUGAAGUAUGAAGGUGGCAUGGGAGGCCGAGCCGUAACGGAUUCUGUUUUCCUGCCUGCCGAUUCCCUUUGCGCCGAGGGUCAAGCAGGGGCGUCGAACCCGAACAUCAUCACAAACCGCAUCUGCGACAACCUCAGCAGCAUGUGCGGCGCCAAUGCCGCAGCCCAGACUCUCUGCCGAUCGGCACAAGCCAAGAUCCGCGCCCUGGGCACCAGCGAAAAAUCCACCGCGGACACUUGGAACACGUUGCUCGGCUUCGGCGGCGCUGCUGAACCUGAGGCCGUAUCCGAAUUUGCAUCUACCGGAACAACAACGGAACUGCACGACCUCAAACGACGAGACGUGCCGUUCGUCCCUUGUUCCGCCAGCCAGUGGAUCGACGACUGUACCGGCUGGACUGGUUCCGAACAGACCGAGCCCUCGACCGACACCCAGACCGAUACCGACGCUGACACCGUGGCCAAGCGUCAACUUGGUGCUGCUGCUGCUGGGUUCCCCACCGACAUCCCCACUGAAGACAGUGGUGUAACUGAGGCCACUGCUGGUGCUAUAAAUCAUAAACAAAGAGCAGACGCCGUCUCCCUCAUCAGCAAACGGUCGUUUGACGACGGCGGCGACGAGGAGGAGGAUGACGGUGGCGACGACGGUGAAGGUGAGAAUGAGGACGAGGGUGAGGACGAGGGCGAAACUGAUUCCGCAGUGGUCAAGAGGGACAUUGUCUCUGACGAGGCACUGGAGAAGAGACAGGUCGACUUCAUCGAAUGUUCUGCCACCCAGUGGAUCGACGACUGUACUGGGUGGUCUUGAGUAAAUUAGUUCAAAGCAACGCUGGCGAAUGCCUCUAUGCGUGCAUGCGUGCGAUGCGAUGCAGUUGGACAGAAUAGAUGGGCAGUCUCUGGCAGUCUGGCAGAUUCAAACAAUGUAUUGUGAUUUAUAUAUGUGAGAGCAGAUAUUUUUAGGAAUUGUUGUUUCCUUUUUAUUCUGGCAUUAUAACGACAGAUAACUACUGUACCUAGGUAUAUACCUGCCUAACUAAGUACUUACAUAUUUGUGUAUACAGCGCA